AUGUGCUAUGCUAUAGGCUCGUCGCGUUACUGUCAUGAAUUACAUGUCGGAAGAAUUUAUAUAGUUUUUCUUGCUUAUGACAUGUAUGUUUAUCAUCCAAUGGAUUAUCAAGAGGUGGAAGUGGUUGGCAAAAAAACACUUACUAUACUACCUGAUUCAUGUGAUUUAAUACCAUUACCGCCAAUAGGAUAUAAUGGAAGUACGGCUCAAUGUCCGCCAGUUUCACAUGAUUGUGUUGAUAAUAACAUCGAAGCACAAUCAUUGGUAACAACAGAAACAACCGAUACAAGAAGAACCUAUGAUGGUUAUAUUAUUGCCACAUUAACAUAUCCUGUAUUAUGUACCAAAGAACAAAAGUAUUGUGUGACAAAAAAGUAUUCGGAUGAAAAAGGACGGAAUAGCGAAAUUUUAAUAAUUUUACGUUAUAACAUAAUGGCAUGCAGUAGAAUAAAGCCUUUAACUGAUCAUGAAAUCGAACGUCGAAUGCAAGAAGCUGCCAUAUUUGUAACGAAUCCAAAUGAUAUUUUUGAUGCAAAUACAAAUGAACUUCCCGAAAAUAUAUGCAAAUCUUCUGGUCUAUCUACUAAUCAUGUGUACUUGACUACUGUUUUGUUACCAACAAUAGCACAUUUUUGUGUUCAUGCAACAAUUACGAGCUGGAGUGAUAUGAUUAAUCAUUUUAUCUUAUAUACAAUUAUAAUUGGUAAUCCAUCCGCUGGUAAGUUGCGUUUUCAUUGUCCGCUCUCGUAG